UAAACUGAAAAUUUAAAUAUCCUGUCCCUCAGUAACACUCACACAGCAGAGAUUAGCUGCUGUAUGGAACCUCAGGGAACCUCAUUCACAUGGAAAACCACUUCUUAAUUCUAAUUGGUGGCCAGUGUAAAUCCUCCACUCCCAUUUAAGCCGGCAGUUUGGAUUCCUGUUGCUUCACAUGUGCCUCAUCCGUUCACCGUCUCGGUUGAUUUUAGCCCACACGUCCGCAGCACGCAAACUUUAGUAAGUUUAUAGUGAAAGAGAAAGUCACUUAUGGAAUAAUUUGUUUUCUUGUUGUCAGGAGUUUUGUUAACGUGCCGUCGAGGUGUUCCUGCUCUCAGGGCUGUUUAUUCAUCGAUCAAUCAGAUCAAUCAUUAUGGCGUCCACUCUGGCUGCUGUGACAGAAGAAAGCAGGCCAGCGUUUUCCAUCCAGCGGAUUCUGGGUUUGGAGCUGGGAAGACCUGAAACCUGCCUCAAACUCCACCGACCCUGGGCAGAGAUGGAAGCAGAGAAGAACACAGGAAACAGUAUGUGCUCUAAACAACAACACUGUUAUCAACAACAUCAUCAUCAUCCUCAGCAGCUGCAGUCUCCCGUGCCGUCAUCAAACUGGUACAUCGGACGCAGACCACGAACGGCCUUCACCAGCAGCCAGGUGAAUGUGCUGGAGACGGUGUUUCAGGUGAACUGUUAUCCAGGUAUUCAGCUGAGGGAGCAGCUGGCUGGGAAACUCGACCUGGACGAAGACCGAAUUCAGAUCUGGUUUCAGAACCGGCGGGCCAAGCUGAGGCGUUCCCUCAGAGAAACUCGUCUGCAGCUGGUUCAGACAGCUGUGGCUGACCUUGGGGUCAGACACAAGGUCGUCGAUCAACUGAAGACCAGGCAGGAAGUACAAGGCGACCUGGAGCUCGCCCAGCGGGUCGCCUUGCGUCUCCAACUUGAAGUGGAUGAAGAGAAGCAGUGAGGCUAAUGAGGUCAUCCUGUUCCUGAUGCGAGGAUUGGCUGUUGACGUGUACACUUAUUCACCAGUUUCUACCAGCUUGUGUCUUUCUUGUUCUUUCCAACUGCUUGUUUAUGGCUUUUUUCAAAUCUGUGAUGAUAAGGAUUUUUAGCAAACAGGAUUUAAUGUUUACAUGAGGUGACACAAAAACCGGUUUAUCUGUCCAUAAAAGCAAGCAGAUAUGCCCUCAGACUUUUUGGCAUUAGAUAUGUUCUGGACUGGUUUGUUUAAUGCUCAGUAAUAUAAAGUGUCUUAAUAUGUGAAUAUGUUUCUCCUCUAUGUAUGUAUGUGUGGAAGUAUGGGAAUCUGUUCAGGUUUGU